GAUGCACACAAAAUUGUAUACAUAUAUUUAUAUAUAUAUGAACAUAUGUGCGACCGCUUGGUCUUUUCAGAUGUUAUCAAAAAUUUUAAUGACCAAAGCAAAUAAAUAUAUGAUAUGUAUAUGUGCUAUAUACUUAUGUCCUGCGAUACCAAACAUAUAUAACUAGAAUAUGUAUAAAUUAUAUGCAGAGUCGUUUGCGCAUUGUAAAUAAACUGUAAGCGUACAUUUCUUAACAUUGCAAUUAGCAUUUUCUCAUUAAACAGUUAAAAUACUCAAUUUUGCUAUAUUUAGUUUUUGUUACCAUAAAAUAUUGGUUAUAUUUAUAAACUGUGAAACUCAUGAUGAAGAUGGAAUUGAUAACAGAAUGACUGAAAAAAUGGUAAAUGUAUAGUUUAGGUCCCCCCACACAGGAGGCCUCAAAAAUGAAAUUUUUUUAAUCGUCUUGUGCAGAAAGGAGUUUGACGCGAUUGAAUUAUGAACACCCCGGUUUUGAACCGACCAGGGUUAUUUUUUGAAGCGCGGCCGAAGGCUCCCAGUGCGGAAAGGAGUUCGACGAUCUCCGAUAUUCGUCCAUAACAUCAGAUCGCGGCGCAAAAGAAAUUGUGACUGUUACAUUUCUUCAGUAUAUUUUUCUCAUAAGAAAAUGUUUAACACGCUGAACUGUUUUCAAUAUUCAACGAAAAUGGUAUCUGGUCGUCCCCUAUUAUAUUUGUCAUUGCCUGGAGUAGUAUUUAUCCUCGGUGUUUAUUGGUAUCGACUUCGCAAUAAAAGUCGUUCAAAUGGAGACACAACUGAAAAAGAGCAAGAAAACUUAAAUACACAUAAAUCAAAAGAAUCUACAAAGCACCAAAUAAAUGGAAAUUUUAUGCAAAACAAGUCAAACCCCUUACCAAGUGAUUCAGUAAAUAUAAAUUAUAAAAAUGAAGGUGAAGAGAGUCCAACCGGUAGACUUUUUGGUAAAUCAGCUCCAAUCAAAAUUGUUCAGAAUUGUAGAGGUUCGCCUGUUAAACAACAACAGGUCGAUUCUGAGGUUCUUAAAAACAAAAUACAAAGCGCUGAAAAUAAAGUACUUCGCUCCAUCGAUGAAGACUUUGAAAACUUAUCAUCACCAGUUGAUUUGCCAGAUUCGGUGGAUAAUCGUAUCGCCUUUUAUUCGCGAAAUGUGAAUUGUAAAAGGGAUGCACCUGUUAUAAUAAGAGCUACUCGCACACCAAAAAUCUCACCUGAAAAUUCUUUUCUUGAAAAUAAGUAUACCAAAGGAUGUGAAGAAAAUAAUAAUUUAGAUCUUAUAGAAAAUGUAAAAAUUAAAAGUGACACAGGAAAUCAACAAGGACAUCCAACUCAAUCGUCCUGCAAUACCACACACAAACCAAUUGAACAGAGUCCAAUUCUUGAGCAAAAUUUUAACAAAGAGACCGUAAUGAACAUCCCUUGUCAAGAUGUUGAUAUUACGGAAAAUGGAAAACGUAAUGUAGAUGCUGCCAGUCCAUCAUUGAGUUUAUGUAGCGUCCAAUCUGGCGAUUCAGGAAAAGGUUCAAGUUUACCCCGAUCCGAAGCAAAUCGUGCCAAAUCCACAUACGAAUUCUUUUUGCCAAAUAGUUUUAUAGGACACUUGUAUGGCAGAAAACAUUUUUUUAUAAACCAUAUCAAAGUAAAAACUUCAGCGAAUGUACUAAUACGCAAGACAAAUUAUGCCGGAAAAUUGGUUUGCAUUUGCAUUAUUGAGGGGUCUGAGAGUGAAAUAGAAGCUGCUUUGGCAAUGAUAAGACAACGCCUACCUACAAAACGUUUUCCUAAUUUUACUAUGAAUAAAAUACAAUCUGCAUCUCCCCAAACUGUAGUUCCUUUAUCUGCCGACAGUUUACUUAAUUUACAGCUUAAUCUCAUCGAAAACAUUAAUAACGAUGUAAUUGUCACUGCUGUAGUGAAUGGCGCACACAUGUUCGUACAACAUCCUUUACAUCCCUCACACCCUUCUCUAACAGUUCUUCAAAAGUGUUUAUAUGACAGCUACACUUCGAGUGAAGCACCAUUGUUGCCUGGUAUCGAAAUCAAUGCUGUUUGUGUACUUCCAGUUAAAGGAAUUUGGUAUAGAGUUCAAAUAGUCGAACAAGACGUUGAGGAUAAGCAGCGUUGUGUAGUUAAAUUUUUGGACUUUGGAGGCUAUAUGAAUGUACAUUUCAAUGAAUUAAGGCAAAUAAGAUCAGACUUUAUGACUGUACCAUUCCAAGCCACUGAAUGUGUUUUGUCUAACGUGGAGCCGAUCGACUCCAUGUGGUCAUCAGAAGCUGUAGAUGUAUUGUGUCAGCUAACAAGAGGCAUAGUAUUACAGCACAGUAGCGGGUACAAUAGCCAGAAUAUACCGGAAAUUUACUUGUAUGCUUACUUAGGUCCAGGUAAUAUUAUUUUCAUAAACAGGGAACUUGAAGCUAGAAAUCUAGCUAAAUGGGUUGAGUUGCGAGACUGAUUCAAAGAGUGGAAAGUUUUUGUAAAAACUGUUAAUAGAGAAGCCACCAUUAUCAUCUAAUUAUUUUUAAAUAUUUAAAUGAACAAAACAUCGCUAUAAAAGUUUAGAAAUGGUAAAUGUAUUUCAUUAGGUAAGUUAUCAUGCGAAUAGGUUAUAAAAUAAAUUACUAAUAGGAGUUGUAAAGGUGUCAUUAAAGCAUCAUGCGACACGUUGUGUUUUACGCAAUAGUCAUUUGUUUCAAGUGAAUAAAUCUGUUGUAAAUAAGGAAGACAUUAAAAUUGCCAAAAAUGUUUCGAUAUAUAUAUAUUCACGAACAUAGCAAGCAAUAGAAGGCUCGUCUUAAUUCUGCCGGAUAAAAAGUUUGAAAUAAACUCUUGUACAUAUAAUUGCAUAUUAAAACAUUAUUUAUAUAUAAAUAAUAAAUUUUAGGUCUCUUAUCGAAGCAUAAAUAGCAUAUGUUUAAACAUACGUAUAUUUUUACCAAACCUAGAGAGAACUAAAAAGCAGCUACAGCUACUUUUGCUAUAAUUUCCUGAAAGGCAUUUUGAUGAAAAUGAGAAUAACUGGAAAAAUAUUAAACACAUUAAAAA